CUUAGGUACUUCAGUCCUUGACACACUCCACCAUCAAUCUGCCUUUCAUCUCACGUCAACAGUAGGUUUGCGUGUGCUUUCUCCGGCCCAGCAAUGUGCGGAAUCCACGCAGUUGUUUCUCGCGACGGCUUCCAGUCGCUGCCAGCGGCUACCCAGACAUGCCUAUGCAAUCGCGGCCCUGAUCAUCUCGGCGAGGUUCAAGCCCAGAGCAAAACAGGCGGUGCCGGCUCGGAAAACCUCUUCCUGACCUUCACGUCGACCGUCCUGGCUCUGCGUGGCGACCACGUCACCCAGCAGCCAUUCCGCGACGCAUCUUCGGGCUCCGUUCUCUGCUGGAACGGUGAGGCCUGGAAGCUCGCAGGCGCACCCGUUCAAGGCAACGACGGCGAGGCGAUAUUCUCCCUGCUCACUGCGGCCAGUAGCCGCGACGACGCCGAGGACGCGGUAUCGGACGUGCUGCGAAGCAUCCAAGGCCCCUUUGCCUUUGUCUACUUUGACGCGCCUGCGUCUCGUCUCUACUACGGUCGCGACCGCCUCGGUCGGCGUUCCUUGCUGCUGAAUCAGGAGGAGGGGUUGAGGCUGUCCAGCGUUGCCGAAAGCACGUCGCCGGCUUGGACCGAAGUAGAGGCGGAUGGCAUCUACGUCCUGAACCUGGUCGGAUGGCGCGGUGACUCGAGUGGCUCACCCUUCCCUCGGUCGUGGACACCAGGUGAGGCGGAGACGGUUCUCAACAUCGGUGUCUUUAAUAUGGCACUACCGCCCCCGGACACCCAACCACUAUCAGCGUCGUCGCCGUCAGUCCAGGAUGUAAAGCAACAGUUGACAGAGUCGCUCAAGCUACGCGUCCUGGACGUUCCCACACCACCGGCUCACGAGGCGGACAACGACACGCGGAUUGCCGUUUUGUUUUCCGGUGGGUUGGACUGCACUGUACUGGCACGUGUGGCAAGCGAUCUUCUGCCCUCAGAACAAGGCAUUGACUUGAUCAAUGUCGCCUUUGAGAACCCUCGCUUGGCGGCGAAGGCUGAGCAGUCAACUGAUGGCCUGACCCUCUAUGAGGCGUGCCCGGACAGAAUUACUGGAAGAAAGUCGUUCGCUGAACUAACCGCUGUUUGUCCGGCCCGCCGGUGGAGAUUUAUUGCUGUGGAUGUUCCUUACCAAGAAGUACUUGGGCAUCGGAGCCAAGUGAUCUCAUUGAUGCACCCCCAUAAUACCGAGAUGGACUUAUCCAUCGCCUACGCCCUCUACUUUGCCGCCCGUGGCAUCGGCAUGGCGCAAAGCCACCCUUCUGACACGGCUACUCACUACGCCACGCCAGCACGAGUCCUCCUUUCCGGUCUCGGCGCUGACGAACUAUUCGGCGGCUACGUGCGGCAUGCCACCGCCUUCUCGAGGAGAGGUCACCCGGGUCUCCUCGAUGAGCUGAAGCUGGACGUCGGCCGACUUGGGAAGCGGAACCUCGGACGCGACGACAGAGCCAUGGCCCACUGGAGCCGCGAGGUGCGGUUCCCUUAUCUCGACGAGGAUUUUGUCAAGUGGUCGAUUGAAGUGCCAGUGUGGGAGAAGUGCGAUUUCGGCUUCACUGAAGCAGAAGCAGAGGUUGAGGCCGGAAAAAGGGUGCUGAGGCUGCUCGCGGAAGCGCUCGGCAUGACUGCUGUCGCCCGGGAGAAGAAGAGAGCCAUUCAAUUCGGCUCGAGAACAGCCAAGAUGGAGAGCGGCAAGACGAAAGGGACCACGCUCAUUUCUCCUUGAGAGUUCGAUCCGGGUUGCUAGUGUUUCCCGAGGCUGGCGGUGAUGAUUACACAGAUACUUCUGAGUUGGCGGUCGCCCGAGGGCUGCUGUCGGCGACUGCGCGUUUCUGCUGCUUUGCAGUACAGUAACCCUUUGCCUGCGGCAUGCACUCGAGCUUCAAACGAGACCGUCAGCAAUGACGCCGUAAAGGCAAGUCUGAGCCAGAGCAGAGUCGAACUGUCCAAUAGAGUGAUUCUGAUAGAGAAGAACAAACGAUUCCGCCCUUCAAAAUAAUGAGCAUGUAUGCCCUUGGGCUCAAACAGUAAUACAACUUGAUGACUUCUAUUUUACCGAGGACUCGGGUUUCGAGACUCGGGUACUAUCUCUCACUGAACGAAGCAAGCGCAUCACGACAACCAGACAUCA